AUGAGUAUCAUAUCCCUCAUAUGCGCAAGUGCAAGUGAAGUGAAGCAGCAUACGGCCACGGUACAGGUCAAAGUUACUCCCACUCCGAAGCCCAAGGAACAGCAGACGGCCACGAUUGAACCCCGCCAGCAGCAGCCGCUGGUACUGCAUCCAAUCCAACGACAAGCUCAUCAGCAGCAACAACUUUUGGAGACAAUGGCUCUCGAGCACUGCUACCACAAGCAGCAACGACCGCUGGGUAUACCAGAUGCAGUGUCCAGGCCUCCUGCUGCGGCAUCGCCAACAAGGAAAUGCAGUACCAACAACCAGUUAGCGCAGGCUCCUGUGCCGGCAAAGCGUGGGAGGAGGAAGCUAACAUCUAACGUUGAUGUUGCUGCUGCUGCUGCUCCACCCCCCACCACCACUUCUGCCCAAUAUUCUAUCUUUUUAAAACAUUCCAAAAAGUGCCAUUUGUGGAUGACCAGUUAAGAAAUGUUGUAGGGAAAAAUUGACUUCGUGUAUCACUUUACAUAUUUCAAGAACGAACCUUUUUUCAUCAUGAUAGAUGAGUAUCAUAUCCCU